GUUUAAUAGUUCACUAAUGGCGUGUCUUCCGGUACCACACGUUAUAUCGUCAAAAUGGCAAAGAAAAAAGGUGACGAAAAAGUGAACCCAGUUCCCCAAAGUGAUAAUGAAGAGCAAAACUUUGACGAGGAGCCCGAUUUUGACGAUUCAGAAGGUUCUGUCGAUGACAUUCCUGACGAAGAAUUGUUGGCCGACCUUUUAGAGCAAAAGCCAAAAGAAUCUGACGGUUACGAGAAUGUAAUCGUGGUGGAUGGGUGCCCGCAGGUCGGGCCUGAGCGACUAGAAAAGUUGCAAAGUGUCAUAAAUAAGAUCUUUAGUAAAUUUGGGAAGAUCGUCAAUGAAUUUUAUCCCACAACCGAAACUGGAGUCACAACUGGUUACAUUUUCCUGGAAUAUAGUAACCCACAGAAUGCAGCGGAGGCUGUGAAAGCCACUAAUAAUUGUAAAUUAGAUAAGCAACAUACGUUUUUAGUGAAUUUAUUCACUGAUUUCAAGAAGUAUUCAGAUAUUCCUAAGGAAUGGGACCCACCAGCACCCCAACCAUUCAAGGUUCAAUCAGAUCUACAGUGGUAUCUGAUGGACCCUGAUGCCUAUGAUCAGUUUCUUGUCGGUAUUGGCACUGGCACUGCUUUGCAAGUAUGGCAAAAUGCAUUGCCGGAACCAACUUUGUUGCAAGAGAGGCCGAAUUGGACUGAAACUUAUGCAGUCUGGUCACCACUUGGCACAUAUUUAGCCACUUUCCACUGGAGGGGCGUUGCCUUAUGGGCAGGGCCGAAGUUCUCCCAGUUCCAGAAGUUCUUCCAUCCUGAAGCUAGAUUCAUUUCAUUCUCACCAUGUGAAAACUAUAUAGUAACAUUCUCACCCAGUGGAGACAGAGGGGAUGAUAAGAAGUUAAUUAUUUGGGAUAUUAGAACAGGUCAAGAAAAGCGUAGUUUCCCACCACCUGAUGAGUAUGUGACGUGGCCAAUAUUCCGCUGGAGUAAAGACGACAGGUUCUUCGCUAGACUGGGAGCUGAUGUACUCUCCGUGUAUGAGACGCCAGGAUUUGGUCUCUUGGACAAGAAAUCUAUCAAGAUUCCUGGCAUUAGAGAUUUUAGCUGGUCUCCAACAGAUAAUACCUUAGCUUAUUGGGUGGCCGAGGACAAAGAUGUCCCAGCUCGUGUGACACUCCUUGAACUACCAAACCGUACUGAAAUCCGUUCUAAAAACUUGUUCUCUGUGGCUGACUGCAAGAUCCACUGGCAAAAAAGUGGCGACUACCUAUGUGUCAAAGUAGAUCGUUACUCUAAAGUGAAAAAGGAUAAGAAUGACAUCAAAUACUCGGGAAUGUACUACAACUUUGAGAUAUUCCACAUGAGAGAGAAAGAGAUUCCCGUAGACUCUGUAGAAAUCAAGGAACCGAUUCAGGCUUUCGCUUGGGAGCCAGUUGGUUCAAAGUUCUCCAUCAUUCACGGCGACCCAGCGAAUAUUUGCAUUAGUUUCUAUCAAGUCAACACUGGUCAAGCCCCUACUUUGUUGAAGAAGUUUGAACGGAAGCCGUUUAACCAUCUUUUCUGGUCGCCUUCUGGCCAGUUCAUAGUGUUGGCGCAUCUUGGUCUCACCGGUGGUGCUCUAGAGUUUUUGGAUACCAAUGACUUUACAAUAAUGAAUGUAGCUAAUCAUUAUCAGAUGUCUGGCAUUGAGUGGGAUCCUACUGGUCGCUACGUCGUCACUGGAGUCUCUUCUCUUAAAUGCAAGAUGGACUGUGGUUACUACAUUUGGUCGUUCCAGGGAAAAAUUAUUAGAAGGGUGAUGAAAGAAGGCUUCGCUCAGUUCCACUGGAGGCCUCGUCCUGUCACUUUGCUGUCGGAGAAACAACAGAAGGAGAUCAAGAAGAACCUCAAGAAAUACUACUCGCAGUUCGAAUCUAAGGAUCGCAUGCGCAGCAGCAAGGCCAGCAAGGAACUGGUAGCGAAACGUACGGAACAGAUGAAGAAGUACGUGGAGUACCGCGAGUCGAAGGUGGUGGAGUGGAGCGAGCAAAAGCCGCGUCGGCUCGAGCUCCGGAACUAUGUGGAUACGGACGGUCUGGACACCGACCAGGCGAAUACGGUUGAGGAAGUUGUUGAAUUUUUCGUGAAAGAGGAACAAACGGUCAUCGAGUAGUCAUCAUAACCACAUAACGUCAGAGGUCGGACUAAAUCCGACCUCCUUCAAAACCGGCCAACACCGGUAUUGACCGAAUCACAGAAGAAUUUCAACGUUUUUUUAAUAAACCGACACCGAAUAUAAACAGUUUUUCAUACCUUCAUCCCAUUUUGAUAAUAAUUAUUUAGUUUUAAAAAGUAACAUUUCAGAAGAAUUCCACUAUGUUUUGCAGUGUAAGAUUCCGGUUUAUAUUAUAUACUAAUUAUA